AUGGAGAGAGCGGGAGAGCAGAGUACGGCGGGCAGGGAGAGCAAGGAUGAGGAGGAGGCUUGGCUGGGCGACGGAGCAAGGCAGGCGCAGGGCGGCGGUACUGGUGGCAUUCGGCUCCGGCAACUGGGCGAGAGGAGGCACGGCUCCGACGGCUGUGGCUCGCAGCGAGGGCCGAGGCGACGUCGCGGGUCAGUGCGACGCAGCUCCGGCGGCGGCGGCUUCGGCGCUGCGGCGGCCCCAACAGAUGCGAAGGGGAGGGGCGAACAGAGGGGGCCAGAGCCAGAGCGUGAUGUCGAGCGGCGGCCAGCCGAACGGCGACCUCGGCGGUCAGCUUGCCUGUGCGGGUGCUCGUGCUUUGGAAGCCAGGCAUCCAGGGAGCUUGAGCUUGGUGAGCGGGCACCAAUGGUGGAGUUCGCCGGCUUUUAUAGCCCGCGAGGGAGCACACGGCCAGCGGGUACAGCAACGAGAGAUGAAGCGGUGGUCUUGCUUCACGUGCGCAAGGAGGAAGACGACGCAGACGCGGCGUCCACGCGUCGCGGCCUUGCUGGGUCGAAGGCAGUGUUGGGCUGGCGUUCUUCACGUGCUCUGGCCGGGGAGAUAUUUGCCGGCAGCCAUGGCAGGGCCACAGAGCAGGCGGCGGCGGCGCUUCGUCCAGCGCAGGGGCCGGUUAACCAGGCCAGGCUCGGAUCAUGGAGGAAGCUUGGCAGGAGUGUCUGCAUGGUUCUUGAGAGUUGCGUAAGCAGCAAAGCAGUGCAUGGAUGGUUGGAGGACAAUGGCCAGCUGAGCUGCUGCUGCUCCUCAUCAAUCAUCAGUUUGUAUUUGUCCAUGCCUCUUAUGGCCGUCUUCCCUGGCUCCCAGUCCCGGAAGGCCCGGUGA